AUGUAUUCCCAAGUUCUGGAUCAGAUAGAUGAUGACCACGCCUAUCUGGGUUUCAAGGCCCUGCAAUGGCUGGCAUUCUCUACACGGCCGCUAUAUAUCGAGGAACUCUCCGAGUUGAGUGUCAUAACUGAAGAACACGCAAGAAGUAUCCAUCCCGAUCAGCGAUUCUCGGACCCGCGGCAUAUCCUUGAAUUACUCCCAAGUUCUUUGGUGACCACGACAGACGCUGCGGGGGGUGAAAUCGAUUCAAUUGAUUUUACAGAGCAACGGCAGCAGGUGCAUUUGGCUGGCCCUGUGAAAGAGUACUUGCUGUCAGAGCAAAUUCGGGCGGAGUCGGCAAAACGCUACUCUAUCAGCGAAACCAAAACACAUGCGUCUAUUGCUGCCGAUUGUCUCGCCUACCUGUUGCAUUUCAACCAGCCCUACACGAUGAUAAAGGAGGUAGUCCGUUCUUCUGCUCUUCUACGCUAUGCGACCAACUACUGGGCCAGUCAUGCGAGACUUGCCGGCGCAGACAUCUCGGAGAUCCUUCCUUUGAUCAAGGAAUUCUUCACGUCCAAAACGGCCUACACCAAUUGGACGGCCUUUCUCGAUGGGUUCCGGCCGUUCGAUGAUCCCGAGCACACCGAGGGCGAUCCGUUGACCCAAUCUCCAGAUCCUCUCUAUUAUGCCGCGUCGUUCGGACUCCUCGCGGUAGCUCGGGAUCUCCUUCGCGACGGAGCCCCUGUUGACAGUGAGGGACCGGCUGGAACGGCACUGGCCGCAGCCUCGUUAGCGGGCGAUAUUGACAUGGUGCGACUGCUCAUUGAUCAGGGGGCGAAUGUGCGAUCGGAGGGACCGCUGGGUCAACCGAUCAGGCUGGCGGCGCAGAACGGACACUUGCAGGUGGUGGAAUACCUCUCGAUGAGGGGGGCGAAGUAG